GUGGGGAGAAAAAAAAGUUCGCUGAGCUAACAAGAUCCCACAGAUCACUUUGUCACCAGCAAGCUGUGACAAGCAGCCCCGGAAAGUGGUUAAAAAGAGGCGUGAGGAGCGAGGCCGCGUCACAGCGAGAAGGCGCAGGCAACCAAACACAUGGACGGACUGAGGACUCUCACGGACGUCCAUCACAACUGCUGAGUGUGCAGCUCGGAGAAGGUGUGUCAGAGUUCGAACUGGUGAACGUUCUGCCUGAGCGUGACGGAGGUGAGAAGCUCUCAUGUUGCUUAUUCCCCCAACCGGAGAAGAACAUAUUUUUCGUGAUGGUUCUCACGGCUCAUUUCUGAGGCAUCUCAUCCCCCAGCCUUAAAAGGAAGCCUACAGAGGUCCUCUGGUCAUUUCCCGAUUCGGACCUCCCCAGAUUGGCGUUCACAUGCGUUAAGGAGCGCAGGAAGUAUCUUUUUUUUUCUCUCAGACAUGUGCGAAGAACUGGUGAUCCGAAUAACGCUGGAGGGGGGUUUGUCUGCGUAGAGCCGGAGGAUAGAUCAAUGAAAAAAAGGGCGUUUUUGUUGUAGAUGUAGGUUUUGACAGCUCACACACGCCACCGGGUUACCUGCCUUGCUGAGUCAGCAUCUUGCUCAUAGCUCCACGUCUGUCCGACCCGUCCUCCACCUGCUCCUGAGCGGAGAGACACCCAAAUGUUAGGAGCCAUUCACAGGCCUUCUGCUCUCUCCACACUGCUCUAAUUGUUCCCCCCGAGCGUAAACACCUUGCGUCAGUCGCACCUUUCCGCGGGUGAUUCACUCCAUCCGAGGUGGGGCCCCGGGACCGGCGGGGGGGGGUAGAAGUGAGCCAGGACUCUGGCUGAAGGCGCCGACUCCAGAGGUACCAUGAAGGUGGCCCUGCUGAUCGUAGUGCUGGUCCACAUGGUGGCCCGAGGGAGCAGCAUGUCCACGUGCAAGACUCUGGACUUGGAGAUGGUGAAGAAGAAGCGCAUCGAGGCCAUCAGGAGUCAGAUCCUCAGCAAGCUGCGCAUGCCCAAGGAGCCCGCGGAGGACCAGGCCGGAGACGAGGAGGAGAUCCCGUCCACCCUGAUCUCGCUCUACAACAGCACCAAGGAGAUGCUGAAGGAGCAGCAGGCCCAGGUCCAGAUGGACAUCUCCACGGAGCAGGAGGAGGAGGAGUACUUCGCCAAGGUGCUGCACAAGUUUAACAUGACCAAAAAAAACUAUUUAGGGACCACCAAGAACUCAAAAAGCGUCUCCCUGUCCUUCAACAUCUCUGAGAUCCGGGAAAGUGUGGGCGACAGCCGCCUGCUGACCACCGCCGAGCUACGGAUGCUCAUCAAGCAGCCGGCGAUACCCGAUGAGCAGCGGGUGGAGCUGUACCACGGCGUGGGGGCGUCGGCCCGAUACCUGGCCUCCCGCUUUGUCACCAACCAAUGGAAGGACAAGUGGUUGUCCUUUGACGUCACGGAGACCUUGCAGGACUGGAUCAAAGGCGACGAGGACGAGCAGGGGUUUGAACUUCGGCUCUUCUGCGAGUGCGGCCAGACGAGAGCCGACGCCACUUUUAGCUUUUCCAUCUCGGGCAUCGACGCCGAUCGAAGCGACAUCGGAAUGUUGAAGCAGAUGACCCAGCAGCCGCCUUACAUCCUGACCAUGUCCAUCCCGCAGAGCGCCAGCAGUCACCUCACGUCACGCAAGCGACGCGCUACGGAAACACGGGACACCUGCACGGCCCAGACCGAGACCUGCUGCGUGAGGAGCCUGUACAUCGACUUCAGGAAGGAUUUGGGAUGGAAGUGGAUCCACCGGCCAACUGGCUACCACGCCAACUACUGCAUGGGCUCCUGCACCUACAUCUGGAAUGCUGAGAACAAAUACUCUCAGAUUCUGGCCUUGUACAAGCACCACAACCCCGGAGCCUCAGCCCAGCCGUGCUGCGUCCCUCAGACUCUGGAACCGCUUCCCAUUCUUUACUACGUCGGCAGGCAACACAAGGUGGAGCAGCUGUCCAACAUGAUCGUCAAGUCCUGCAAGUGCAGCUAAAGCUGAAAGCUACACCUUCAAGACGUGGGAGAAUCCUGCUUUGGGACCACCGAUGGUGAAAUGUAGGAGUGGAAUACGGAGAACAAACUAUUCCUCCUGGAAGUCCCCUUGCCAUGAUGGAUUGAAACCAUGGACUUCCUUCUAUUGAUGUCAUUGAUAAUAUUGUAUAUACUUUUUUUUUCUACAUUACAUACGUGAUUAAUUUAUUUGUUGGAUGGACACACGUGUCACAUCAGGACCAAAGUGACAUCUUUGGAUAGAUAAAAAGAAAAUUAUGUUGCUCCAGAGGGUCACGGAAGCUGCAUGGCUUGGAAAACAGCUGUUCUGGUUUCCCCAGGGGACAUUACCACAGGUGUGUUUGCAGAGACCAUAAAAGGACGGUUACGCAGUGGAAACUCCCUCUUAACAAAGGCAUGGUUUGACUUUCUUUUUUGAGCCGUGUAAAGUGUUUUAAUAAUGUUUGUUGUCAUGAUUGAAUUUUAGCUUAUUCAAAUGAAGCUUUCCAGGCUGCACCCUCUCCCCAUUAAUGCCACCAUAGUCACUUUUUUUGCAUUACGUUUCAGAUUUGUAUGAGGAUCUUGUUUUUUUUGCACCAUUCACUUCUUGCAGAGUCAUGUGUUUUAGGAACAAAGCGACAUUGUGUAACAUGUUUGCCAGUGCACUUCAUGUGUGAAUGUUGUAAAUAGAAACACAGUAAAUAAAAAGUGAUGUUACAUGGUUAUGUCAA